AGUGGAGGAGUAACGCGGUUAUAACAUGUCAACAUGUCACUUCUCAGAGUAUGUGCCUUUGCUAAAUGUCUGAAUCGUCGCAGUUUGUUGGAUAAGUGUGCAGUUCGGGCCUCCUUUGCGGACUAUUGUCAGCUGUGUGUCUUCACUAGAAAUGGCGCAGUCGGGCGGAUUUCAGACAAACCUCUGACCCUGCAAAGAAGAAAUGCCUCAUUUGUAAUCCCAAAGACUGAAGAUGUAAAGAAACGUGUAUUGGGACAGUCCCUAGUUGAUGUGCUUGAGGCCAGGAUCCAGCAACUCCAAUCUGACGUCAUUGUAGAUGUCCAGCAUGCAAAGGUGGAAUUCAUUAAAGCCCCCUCUUCUGGAACAGGGGUUUCAUCUCUUAAGGGUCCCAAACGUACACUUAAGGGAAAAACAGACAUUCCUAAACCAGGAAAGCCUGUUGCUAAAGCAGGUUUUAAAUCUCAGCCCAGCCGAUGGAUAGAAAAACUAAGUGAGGAGAAAAAGAUCAAGCUCAAGAAACAGCAACACCUUCGACAAAAAAUACAAAAGAGUGUCAACGACAAGCCAACAACAGCAUCUGAACAGAGUAAAAGCAGCCAAAUGCUUCCUGGUACGUCACAUAAAACAAUAUCGACCACAGCUAAAAAGACUGAUCCUUUGAUUAGGACUAAUACAGAUCGCACCAAACUGUCUGAUGAAAUCCGUGCUGCAGUUUCUCCAACGGUUACUUCCACUACUGCAGCAGGGGCAGCAACGUUAUUGCGUAAAGUAUCUAAAGGAAAAAAAAAAGGCUCAUUACCCAGUGAACAGAGUGUAAGUCAUGUCGAAGCCCAAGCCAAGGAGUUGGCUGAGGUGGAGGAGCUGGAGAAGAGACUCAACCAGCAGUCGAAUCAGUGGAUGUCCUGUAGUAAGACAGAGACCCCGAAGGAGAACAGUGUGUGUGUCGACAUUCAGCUUAGCAUCCGCUCUUACCUCGAGGCGUGUGUGUUUGCCGGGGACAUUGAUCGGGGACACCGUUUCCUACUCAGCCAGCACAGAGUUAGGAGUCGACGUAAACACCUUUGUACAGACAUCUACAACAUCAUGAUGAGGGUUUGGGCAAAGAAGGGGACAUUGAAUCAGAUCGGCCGUUUGUUUAUUCUGUUAGAAGAAGCAGGUCUGAAGCCCAACGUUGGAUCCUACUGCGCAGCACUGGAGUGUAUGGGCCGCAACCCCAAGUGCCAACCACAUAUCAUAACAAGGUGCCUGAACCAGAUGGAGGAGGACGGCCUGUCUGUGGAGGAUCUGUUCAGCCAGUGUGUGUUCAGACGAGAUGAGAGAGACAUGGUACUGAAGGCCAUACGCAGCGUCCAGGCCGACUAUCAGCCCAGCGUUAACCUGGAUGCAAGUCAGUGCUUACCGUCUCUGGUUCAGGACUACUACACCAAGAGGGCAGGGCAUCAAUACCCCAAACUGGACUUUACUCAGGAGGAGCUCCAGGAGCGUUUCAGACAACAGCUCAGGAUGGAACAAGCCUGCACCGUCACCAUCGACUCUGUGGAGGCUGCCAAACCCGUCACUGAAAACAUGGCCAAGAUGAGGGAGAUGCUGGCCGAGCAGCGGGCUCACUGGAGAAAGACCCUCCUCCAGGCCCUAAGGGACAGUAAGAUGAUCCUGGCUAACACCAACACCAAGGACUACAAGCUUAACCUUUAUCCUUACCUCUGUUUGCUGGAGGAUAACGAGUAUGUUGACAUCAUGAUACAGAGUGUUGCCAAUCUACCUCCCACUGGAGAAUCACUAAAGAUUUUGGCCAGAGAACUGGGCGGCAGGGUCUACACCAAGUACUCUGUGCAACAGAAGUACCAGAAUCAAAUGGUGGAAAAGCUGAGCAACAUUUACAACUCCUACUCAGAGGUUUUGGCCAAAGACACAAAGGUGUAUGAUGUGCUGCCCAGAGAGCAUUGGUGUAAUCUGGAGAAUGAGCAGACCUCAGGGCCCACUCUGCAGGGGGGCGAGUCCCACUGGCCGUACAUUGUCACUUUGGAGCUGGGCACUUACCUUGUGGAUAUGAUCGUCAAAAACCUAAAAAUUAAGAGCAACAUCCUGAACCCAGCCUACGAGAAGAAGCUCAUUCCAAUCCUCUACCACAUGUACACCUUUCGCAGCACCCGUCAGGUCGGCUUCAUCAAACCUCACCCGAUCCUGACGCAGAUGCAGCAGGAAGCAACGGAAACCAAACUGACUUUUGACUCCUAUGUGAUUCCCAUGCUGUGCCCUCCCAUCCCCUGGACCACUGCCAAGUUUGGAGCCUACCUGCUGACACCUGCCAAGCUGAUGCGCACAUUAGAUGGGGCCACCCAGCAUGAGGAGUUGUUGGAGAAAAGCCAGAACCUCUAUGCAGUCAUGGAUUCCCUCAACCAACUGGGUAACUGUGCCUGGAGGAUCAACAAACCCCUGCUGGACAUUAUAAUCUCCAUCUUUAAUGACCGGGGUAGUGAUAAACUAGACAUUCCUCCUCCCAUGUCAGAAGCCCCCAAAAUACCCCACUUCAACCCCCAAGAUCCGUCCUAUACGGCAGCUGAGAAGGCCCACAUGAAAAGGGAGGUGAUCAGUGCUAAAAAGAAAUGCGGUGAGAUGAACAGCUUGCGUAUGGAUGCUCUCUAUAAACUUUCCAUUGCCAACUAUAUGCGGGAUGAAGUCUUCUGGUUUCCUCAUAACAUGGACUUCAGAGGACGUACGUACCCCUGCCCCCCGUACUUUAACCACUUAGGAAGCGACGUUACGCGGGCGAUCCUCGUGUUUGCAGAGGGGAAGCCCCUCGGUCCAAGGGGCUUGGACUGGCUGAAGAUCCACCUCGUCAACCUGACAGGACUGAAGAAGAGGAGCUCACUAGAGGGGCGGCUGGAGUACGCGAACUCCAUCAUGGACGAUAUAUUGGAUUCUGCCGACAACCCUCUGAAUGGCAAGAAGUGGUGGAUGAAUGCAGAUGAGCCCUGGCAAGCUCUGGCGUGCUGCAUGGAGAUAGUCAAUGCAGUGAGAUCUCCUGAUCCGACACAGUUCAUUUCUCAUUUUCCUGUGCACCAGGACGGCUCCUGUAAUGGUCUGCAGCACUAUGCCGCUCUAGGCAGAGAUGUUAUUGGUGCCACAUCAGUCAACCUCAUGCCCUGUGACGUGCCCCAGGACGUGUACAGUGGAGUCGCACAGCAGGUGGAGGAGCUCCGAGCACGGGAUGCAAAGAACGGACUGAAGAUAGCCCAGGUCCUAGAAGGCUUCAUCAGUAGGAAGGUGGUCAAACAGACGGUGAUGACUGUGGUUUAUGGGGUCACACGCUACGGAGGGCGCCUCCAAAUAGAGAAGAGACUGAAGGAGAUUGAUGAGUUCCCCAAGGAGCAUGUGUGGGAUGCCUCCCAUUACCUGGUGCGUCUGGUCUUUAGUGGCUUAAAGGAGAUGUUUACGGGGACCAGAGAGAUCCAGGACUGGCUGACAGAGAGCGCCAGGCUCAUCUCCAAGUCUGGCCACACUGUAGAGUGGGUGACGCCCCUGGGAUUACCCGUAAUUCAACCCUAUCAUCGCACACGCAACCAAGUGCUGAAGAGUACCAUGCAACACAUCAGCCUUCAGAUCACCCAUGACACCAAAGAGAGGCCAGACACGGUGAAACAGAAGAACGCCUUUCCACCGAACUUCAUCCACUCCCUGGAUUCUACACACAUGAUGCUGACGGCUCUUCACUGCUACAGUGCUGGUCUGACAUUCGUCUCAGUUCAUGACUGUUUCUGGACACAUGCUCUAACUGUGGACAUCAUGAACAAGGUCUGUCGGGAACAGUUUGUCGCCCUGCACAGCCAGCCAAUCCUCCAAGAUCUGUCCAACUUCCUGCUGCUGAAAUACUGCAUCAAUCUCCCGACUGAGGCCAAGAAUAAGAAGUACCAGGAGUACAGGAGGCUGCUGCUGCUGCUGUCCAAAGUGCCCCAGACAGGUGAUUUUGAUCUCCAUCGGGUGAAAGAAUCCACGUAUUUCUUCAGCUGAGGGCUUUGAGUAGGUGAGUCAGCAGAGGGGAGAUGAGUGGAAUUGACAGACCUCAGCAGGGAGACCCCCCACACACACACACCUCAGAUAUCAGCUCAUCGAUCUGGCCGCACCCUGCCUUCCUGCCUGCUUUCGUGGUCCACGGGCUUGGAGCGACUGUGGUCAUCCUCAUAGAGAUGCAGACGUCUGAGGAACUGACUGCUGAGCUUCAUCCAUGCAGAAAAUAAGAGAAUCAGCACUGGAUGGAAACGUUCUCAAUCAGUGAAAAUACCUCUUGUAAUGGACUUGUAGGCAGUAUCUAAGUAAUAUAUAUAUAUAUAUGUAUGUGUGCGUGUGUGUGUGUGUGCGUGUGUGUUCAUGAGCUGCGCUGCAAAAAUCACACGUGGCCUGUGUCGAUCCCUCAUCGCUCAGAAACAAUUGUGCUGCUUGAUUAGACCGAGCAAAAACCUCGAGUGGACACAGUAUGGGUGUCGAGGGCAUGUGUGCGCAUCUGGUUGUUCCUGCAGCGAAGACCAGCCUCCGCCAUCAUCCCACCUAAUCAUCAAGUCCAUCUCUCACUGGAUGACAGGAUGCUCUCUGACAGAAUAUUCCACCAGCUCCAAACUGAAAGGACUCAGCGGAGAUGAGACAUUUACAGGCCAUGAAUGACUUUACUGAAGUGUGGAUCUUGAUAGUAUUGUGUCUCUGUGUCUUGACUUUCACCCUUUUUUUUUUUUUUGGAAUAAUUAAGACACUUGACAAUUUCUGUUAAAUAAAUAUGUUUCUUAAAAUG